CAUUGUGAACUAAUUCCGGGGAAGUAAAUUGAGUUUGAUAUCUUACAGUAAGCACUAGCUAGAAAGUCAUGGAGAUCAAUGUGAAGAUUGUCAAGAAAGAAAUCAUAAAACCAUCAUCUCCAACCCUAGAUUACCUUAGAAAUUUUAAGCUCUCUCUUCUUGAUCAGUUCUCGCCUGCUGCUUAUGCAUCUAUGCUUCUGUUCUACUCAGUCAAUGGUACUGCCGAUCAAGAUUUUGAUGUUUUUGAAAGAUCCCAGCAACUAAAAAGAUCAUUGUCUGAAACUCUGACUCGAUUUUACCCAUUGGCUGGUAGAAUCAAAGACAAUGCCAUAAUCGAAUGCAACGAUGAGGGAGCUCUUUUUGUUGAAGCAAGAGUUGAUUGCCUUCUCUCCAAGUUCCUGGAAAAACCCAAUAACCAGCUGACAAGAAAAUUAAUUCCUGUUGACAUUGUUGGAUUUUCAGAAGAACACAAGGGCAGUGUUUUGUUACUUGUUCAAGCUUCCUUUUUUUCUUGUGGUGGGUUGGCGAUUGGCGUGUCUAUUUCUCACAAAAUAGCUGAUGCAAGCACUGUGAACACUUUCAUCAAGGGUUGGGCAGCCGCAGCUCAUGAGGCCGCCGACGAGCAGAAACAGCUCCCAUUACUUUACGCAUCAUCGAUCUUUCCACCCCAGAAUUUACCGUUUCAUAGAAUGUCAACUGUAAAGCUGAAUGAAGACAAGUGUAUUACAGAGAGAUAUGUGAUUGAAGCUUCAAAGAUUGCUGCCCUGAAGACUAAAGCUGGCAGCGAAAGUGUUAGAGACCCAACAAAAGUUGAAGCAGUCACUGCAUUUAUUUGGAAAUGUGCAAUGAAAGCAUCAAGAUCAAACUCAAAGCAGUGCAGACCAUCUGCUUUGGCUCAGUCAGUGAACCUACGCAAAAGAAUGGAGCCUCCUUUGCCUGAAAACACUAUAGGAAACCUGAUGGGCCACUUCGCUUCAAGGGCAACGGAGAGUAGCGAGAUAGAUUUGGCAAGCUUGGUUGUUCAAAUGAGAAAAGGAAUGCAAGAUUUUGGCGAGAAUUAUGUGAAGAAACUCCAGGGAGACAAUCCAUUGGUAGCAAUAACCGAAGCUUUAAGAGAAUUUGGGAGCUUGCUUCAUGCAGGAAAUGAUACAGAUUUUUAUAUAUUCACCAGCUUGUGUAGGUUUCCAUUUUAUGGGAUUGAUUUUGGGUGGGGGAAGCCAAUCUGGGUGAGUUCUCCAAGGGACGCUUUCAAGAACAUUGUUGCAUUGAUAGAUAGCAGAGAUGGAGAUGGAAUUGAGGCUUGGGUGACUUUGACAGAAGAAGAUAUGGCAUUUUUUGAAGGUGAUGAAGAACUGCUUGAAGUUGCUGCUUUGAAUCCAAGUGUGAUGCACUAGUAUUCUCUCUAAAUAUCUAAUGAGGUUUUCUUCUGCUUGUUGCUGGUUAAUUUUGGUCUUAGUUGUUGGAUUUGUGAUUGUGUAUAGUGUUAUAUGUGUGUGUGUUAUUAUUCAAUUAAAAAUAUUUAAAUAAUAAUAAAUUUCUAUA